UGGUACAUGUAAUGUAGCUAGGCAUGAUCGAUAUUACUAUUAGUCAGUUGCAACGACAUGAUGACAGUUUAAAGGGCCCACUGUACUGUCAUGCUCAUUCAAGUUUGACAGCCUUAUCUUAAAAUGAAGGCUCUACCUAUAUAUAUUGACACGACAGUCUAUAGCCCUUAAAUCUAUAAAACACACUGUGACAUUGUAUACGGUCAUAUGGACCAACAUACAUGUAUAUGAAUGACACACCUUGUAGUAUAGGGUUUUGCUGUUAAAUGUAACAGGAUGAAUUGAUGUCGUUAAAGAAGGAUGCCAUCCAUAACUCAGCUAAAAAACAGAAAUACCAGUAACUACCAUCCCAAUAUGACACGAAACCAGGCAAUGGUCAACGGACAUGUUCCAAAUCAAGAAAAUGGACAUAACUCUGGAAAGCAGGCUGAAAGAGCAAUACGCGAGGCCUACCGGAGAGAACGAAAAAUGGAUUCUUAUUUGGCAGAAGAUGAAAAUUUCCCAAGUUUUGCAACCCAGUUAGGAAAGCUUGGUCUUCAUCUGCGUGAUAUUCCUGGAGAUGGAAAUUGUUUAUUUCGAGCACUGGGUGAUCAGUUAGAAGGGCAUGGUAGGAAUCAUUAUAAACAUAGGAUAGAGGUCACUAAUUAUAUGUUAAAAGAACGAAAAGAUUUCGAACCAUUUGUAGAAGAUGAUGUACCAUUUGAAACACACAUUACGAACCUCAGAAGGUUAGGUACCUAUGCUGGUAACGACGCCAUCGUAGCGUUUGCUAGAUUACAGUGUGUUAAUGUAAUGAUUCAUCAGUUGGGCAAUAAACCUUUAUUGAUCCAAGGCAGCAAGAAUACAAAGUCCCGACAACUACAUAUAGCAUAUCAUAAUGGUGACCAUUAUUCUAGUGUUCGUAAAAUGAACGAUAACACGGAAUCACCAGCUAAUAUUCAACUUCAGGAUACUGAAGAAAAAGAAAAACAUGUAUACUCUAAUGGUUAUUCUGAUCACCAUGGUAACAAAAUGGCAGCAGCUAUCAGAAGUAUAGAAGAUAUUGAACGUGAAGUAAUGGUAGCUUCAGGUUGUACGGAUUUAAAUCAAGUAAAAGAAAUAUUAGAAGAUUGUGAAUAUGAUUCCGAUUUAGCUAUAGCCAAUCUCUUACAAAUAAUGGACAUUGGUAAUGUUGAAGAAGAUACCAGUUCUGUCGCAUCACAACGAACGUCUACGGACAGUGGUAUAUGGUCAGAAAGUGGAACAGCGACCAGGAUAUUCGGUGACGAUCAUUCACGGUGUCAGACACAACCAGUACAUUUCAGGGAUAAUAGUUAUGGAGGUAGUUCCGGUUAUGGUUCAAUUAGUAGCAAUAGAUCAUUAGGUGGAGCCAUUCCUAAAAAAGAUAUCAAGCAACUGUCUUCAAAACAGAAAAAAGAAUUAAAGAAAAUGGAGAAAAAGCAGCGUGCUGAAGACCGACACAGAGCGAAAGUGUUGGGACAGCAGCAACCCAAGUACAUUCCACAGCAUAAUGCUCCCGAAAUCUACACAAUUAACAGUAACGUAACAUCAUCAAUUACGAGAAUAUAGAUAUUCAUUUGUCAUAUUAACCGCAGAAUCUUUAAUUUUAUAGAUAUUUUAAAUAUGGUGAGAAUAGAAUCCAAUCCAUGUCUUGUCCGAGAAAGGAUAUAGAGAAUCAAUUUUUCAUAUUAACCAUGGAAUCUGUUAAUUUAUAGACAUUUUGAAUAUUCUGAGAAUAAAAUCCAAUCCAUAUCCAGAAUCUGUUAUUUUAUAGACAUUUUGAAUAUUCUAAGAAUAGAAUCCAAUCCAUAUCUUGUCCGAGAACGGAUAUAGAGAAUCAUUUGUCAUGUUAACCAUGGAAUCUUUCAUUUUAUAGACAUUUUAAAUAUUCUAAGAAAUAGAAUCCAUGUCGUGUCCUUUAAGUCUUCUCCAGUUAUUUACCAGUAUUUAAAUUUAGAAUUUAUUGUUUUCGUCUGAAAUGCUUAAAUAUCGCUUUUCCAGGGGCAUUUACAUACAUGUUUUCAAUAAGUGAAAUAAAUAGGGCUUUUGAUUUCACCUGUUCAGACUUUUAUUGUGUCAAAAAAAAAAAAAAAAUUGAUACAAUUAUUCA